AUGGCUUCCGCACCCACAGCUCGCCUAUUGGCGAGAUCUAUCUUUCAGAAUGCUGCUCGCCCCGCGACAGUAGCUCGAUGCUCGCCCAUUCUCCUCCGACCCUUCUCCCAAACCGCAGCACCACGCGCCGAUGCUCCCGAGUCGAAGAAAGGAGGCCAGGAGCUCCUUGCCGCUAUGUACGGCAGCUCAAAGCCAGCCAACCAGACGGAGAAGCAGACAUCAACAGGUUCUUCAGCCGGCUUGUCCCAGCAGAGUCUGCUCCUCGAAACUCUGAACCGCGCCUCGGGUAACAAGGGCGGCUUGGGCGGCCUGGAUGACCUUGUCCCGGAGCAGGAGGACUUGCUGGAGCCGUACCACAUGCACGUCUAUUCCCACAAGCAUAACUGUCACGUCACUGUUACGAAACCCGAUCGCGGCGCUAUCAUUUCCCUGUCGACCGGCAACAUUGGCUUCAAGAAGUCCAAGAGGAAAUCCUAUGAUGCGGCGUACCAAUUGACGGCCUACGUUCUUGAGAGACUGAACUACGCCGGGUGGCACAAGAAGAUCAACAAGCUCGAGGUUGUGCUGAGAGGAUUUGGCGCUGGAAGAGAUGCGGCAGUCAAGGUCCUCAUGGCCCCCGAGGGCAAGAUCUGGCGAAGCAAGGUUGUCCGGGUGGCGGACUCAACGAGGUUGAAGUUUGGUGGAACAAGGAGCAAGAACCCAAGACGUGUUUAA